CCUUGUGCCUUCAGGUUAUUUGCCUCUCCGUGAGUGAAGGAGUCAGUGGGGCUUCGGAGGACUCCAAGUCCCAGAGAUCUCGGCUCUAGUGAACCUGGGACCAGGGCUUGAAUAACAUGGCAGCGCCGUCCGGCAACACAUGCGGGCUAAUGGAGCGGUCUAUUCGGGAUCGGGUGCCGCCGCUGCUGACGGACCUGUACCAGUUCACCAUGGCGUACGCGUACUGGCGGACCGGGCGGCACCAGGAGCCCGCCGUGUUCGAGCUGUUCUUCAGGGACAACCCGUUCAGCGGCGGCUUCUCGCUGUUCGCCGGGCUGCACGAUUGUCUGCUCUUCCUGCGCAGCUUUCGCUUCACAGACGAAGAUGUGGAGUUCCUGCGCUCUGUCAUGCCCCCAGCCACCGACCCCGCCUUCUUCCAGUUCCUGCGAGACCUGGACUGCUCCGGCGUCACACUCCGCUCUGUCCCAGAGGGCACUGUGGUGUUUGCCAGGGUGCCUCUGAUGGAGGUGGCAGGUCCGCUGGCUGUGGUUCAGCUGCUGGAGACCAGUUUACUGUGUCUGGUCAACUAUGCCAGUCUGGUGUGCAGUAAUGCCGCCCGUUUCCGCCUGGCGGCCGGCCCCAGAAGGAAGCUGCUGGAGAUGGGCCUCAGGAGGGCUCAAGGACCAGAUGGAGGGCUCACUGCCUCACGAUACACACACAUUGGAGGUUUUGACCUCACCAGUAACGUUCAGGCUGGUUUCCUGUUUGGAAUCCCUGUCGCAGGGACCAUGGCGCACUCAUACGUCACUUCCUUUACCUCCCUGGAGGAGGUCUGGCCACAAACUCUUGUGGCGGUGAACGGGGACCCGGAUCCAGUUGACUUCAUUUCAUUGACCAAAGGCUGGUUGAGUCAAGUGUGUAAGCUUCUGGGCGCAGAGCCUGGGAAGAUCCGAGAGGGCGAGCUGGCUUCCUUCUUGUCCUAUGCCAUUGCAUACCCUCAGAACUUCCUCCCUGUGAUCGACAGCUACAGCGUUGGCUGUAGCGGUCUGUUGAACUUCUGCGCUGUGGCCCUGGCGCUGUGUGAGCUGGGCUACAGGCCUGUAGGAAUCCGUCUGGACAGCGGGGACCUCUGCAGGCAGUCAGUGGACGUCCGCCGUGUCUUCAGACUCUGUAGCAAGCAUUUCUCCAUCCCUGCCUUUGACUCGCUGAUCAUCGUUGGGACCAACAACAUCACAGAGCAAAGCAUGGCUGAGCUCAACAAGAAGGAGAAUGAGAUUGAUGCUGUUGGUGUUGGAACACAUCUGGUCACCUGCACACAACAACCCUCGCUGGGCUGUGUGUAUAAGCUGGUGGAGGUGAGGGGGAACCCCAGGAUGAAGAUCAGUGAGGACCCAGAGAAGAGCACUGUCCCUGGGAGGAAAGCUGUCUACAGGCUAGUCGACACUGAGGGCCAUCCUUUCCUGGACCUGGUGUGCCUCGCCGUGGAGCCUCCUCCAGAGGCAGGAGUCUCUCUGAGCUGUUAUCCUCUGGGCUGUGAUAACUCUUGUGUCUCAGUGGUUCCAGCUCAGGUCACCUGUCUGCGGCAGGAAGUGUUUACCAAAGGAAAGGUCACACACCCUCUGUGCAGUGCUGCAGAAACUAGAGCAAAGGUCCAGAGCUCCCUCCAGACUCUGCACCCUCGACACAAGAGGCUGCAGGAGCCAGACUCUUACACAGUGGCGCUGUCAGAGAAACUCCAUAAGCUGAUCACAGAGAUUCGAAAAGGAAGCUCCAACACCAGCAACUUUCUUUUAGCCAACUAAAUCUAAUGCUGUUCUGUUUUUAUGUGUUUGUACUGACACUCUUCUCCAAAGUGCCUCACGGUGAAAGACGUGCAUUCGUUGGUAGAGCAGCAUACUAAUGAAGCCAAACAGUGUUAACACUGUUCUCUCCAAAUACAGGAUAACACAUAUGGGUCAUGUCUCAUGUCAUUCAAAAAUAAUGUCCAUAACCGGGCUAAAAUUAACAGAACAUGACUUUGUACUUUGGGAAGCCCAGCAGGGAUUGAAAGGAGCAAAGGAAAACACAGCGUCCAUCUAACUUGAUGAUUUUUUUUUGCUGCUCUAAACUAUAUUUCUCAUGCACAGUCUGUCACACAGAUCAAUGUAGGUGUCAAAAUAAGCUAAUAAAUGGCUCUUUGACCUUUCUCCCCCUCUCUUUUUUAGGUUUAGGUGUGUAAUUCAAAUGUAAGUAAAAGAGAGGCCCCAUUGCUAAACAGUUUUUUUUGUUUUUUUUUAAAAAAGUAAUCUGUUAAUUCUAUUACAUUAAUCAAUACAAACAAAAAAAUUAUGCUCGACAAUAAUUAAAACUAGGUCUGUAAUUUUUUUCGAUUGUUGUAAAAGUUUUUUUUUUAAAUCAGUAAUGAGUGAAACGGUCUUGACCUCAGAAACAAAAGUAGUUUGUGCUAAACUAGUUUAGUUUAGUUUGGUCAUUUUUACAACUUAUAAAACUCAAAUACACAAGUAAGUAUACAAAAAAUAAACAAUAAGGCAUUGCUUUUAUAGCUUUGAAAACCGAAAGAUAAAAGCAAAAACAACCCAAAUUAGAAAACAAAACAAAAAAGAGGACUGAAAAGGUGUAGGCUGAAGCCUUAGUUUAUUACACCUACCCUUUUUGAAUUAAUUUUGUUUUUCCUUUUUGUCAAUUCCCUUUGAAUUUUACAAUACAAUAAGAGAAAGUAACAGAAAUUAAGUAUAUAUACAUUAUAUAGUCCUAUAUUCUGCCCCAAAAAAUCUAAAAUGCUAUAACAAACAUAUUAGCUGUCUGUGAGAUUUACUCCAAGAAAAAAAGGUAGCAGGGAGACGCUGAGUUACGGCGUGUACCCACCAAACGCGAUGAAAAAUGAUCACGCCUCAAGAUUACAUACAAAGUCAAUGCAAAGACGCGAUUUGACGCGUCAUUUUGCUGGGCGACGCGAUGGACGCGAUUGCACGGCGCGUUGGACGCGAAAUUCGCGUCGCGUCCAACGCCUUGCGUCCAAUGCUCGAGUUGAAAUAAUUUAACUUUUGCGGCAUCGUCGCGUGAAGACGUGCCACGACAGCCUAUCAGCGUUGAGAUCGUCAUCGACGUGCUGACGUAUGGACGUCCUGGUGUUCCCUUGCAAAAUCUAAUCAGAUGCAUUAGAUCAAAAUCUAAUGCAGCGAUCGUGGUUAUCUCAGGCAUGGUCAACGAGAGAAUGAAAUGGCGGAAGAAAUGUUGUUGUUUGGGCGGGCUCGACGCGCGGCGCGAUUUUGUCGUGCGUCGAGUCCCAUUUUGGGGUUUUUGUACGAGCGUCAAAACUGGAGCGUCCGGCGCGACGCGAUUUCAUUUGAGGCGCGAUGAAAUAAUUUUCAUCGCGUUUGGUGGGUACACAGGGUUAGGAUUUGUAAGUUAAGUAAUGUCUGUGAUUGCCUGGGUAAGAAAGGCCCAUGUUUUGAAUUAUGGAUUGUCUGAAUAACACAAACUGCUUUUAAUUUAUAAUUCAAACCCUCAAAUCAUGUAUGUGAACCUGAAAAAAAAGAAAUUGCAGAUCAAAUCUUAAAUUAAUUUAUCAAUAUUAAGCACUGUAUAUAUCCCAAAAAUGCAAUGUUUGUCUUCUGUCUUCAUUCUUCCUCCUCCAACUCGUUGAUAGCUGUGGCCAGAGGCAUUAUGUUUUUGGAUGGCCAUCCUUAAUUACAGUGAUAUGUUCAAUUCCAGUGAGUGUGAAAUCUCAAGAAUGUGUAGAGUGAACUUUGUAAAAAUUUGGCAAAAACGCUCAACAAUGAGCUCAUUAGAUGUUAAAGGUCAAAGGUCACUGUGACUAUGUGUUUGUCUCUUUGUCAUGAAUGUUUUAUCUCAAGAAGGACUGAAGGGAUAUCUUUGCAUUUGGAAGAGACAUCCACUUGGACUCAAGAGUGAACAGAGAAUUUGGAGGUUAAAGGUCUCUAUGACAUCACAAAACAGGUUUUUGACCAAAACUUUAGAAUUACAGCCAAAAAUGUAUUGCAAAAUUGCUCCCAAAUGUGUAAUUGGAUAGAAUAAUGACUUGAUUAUGUUUUAUAUCCAAAAGGUUAAAGUUCAACCUCAUUGUGAUAUAAUAUUCUGCAAAAACACUUUACUGGCCAUUACACAAUGUCAUAACAUAAA